UCUUUCUUACCCUAGACCAUUGAAACGCGUUCUCUUCCUUCUUCGUCCCUUUCCUGAUCGCCACGCUUCUGCUCUAGCGUAUUCUCACAGUAAUCUCUCUGCGUUCCCGUUAAGCCAACCGGCUCACCUGAAACCAUCUCUUACCGAUCCUCCUUUUGAAGCAAAAAGCAAGCAGCGGUCGCUAUCAUCCCCCUUCGGCGGGAUACUUCGGCCUGAACUCGAGGAAUAAAGAGAAAUGGCUGAUCGGUUGACUCGUAUAGCUAUAGUGAGCCAAGAUAGGUGUAAGCCCAAGAAAUGUCGCCAGGAAUGCAAGAAGAGCUGUCCUGUUGUCAAAACCGGGAAACUGUGUAUUGAGGUUACUCCUGCAUCCAAGAUUGCCUUCAUAUCAGAGGAGUUGUGCAUUGGUUGUGGUAUCUGUGUCAAGAAAUGCCCAUUUGAAGCAAUUCAGAUCAUCAAUCUGCCAAGAGAUUUAGAUAAAGAUACAACCCAUCGUUAUGGUCCCAAUACUUUUAAGUUGCACAGGCUGCCAGUCCCAAGGCCUGGCCAAGUUCUUGGGUUGGUUGGAACCAAUGGCAUUGGGAAAUCUACUGCCCUUAAAGUUUUAGCUGGAAAACUCAAACCGAAUUUGGGCCGUUUUAAUAACCCACCAGAUUGGCAAGAAAUCUUGACAUACUUUCGAGGAUCAGAGCUUCAGAAUUAUUUUACUCGCAUCCUGGAAGAUAAUCUAAAGGCCAUCAUAAAACCUCAGUAUGUGGAUCACAUCCCUAAAGCUGUUCAAGGCAAUGUAGGGCAGGUGCUUGACCAAAAGGAUGAGAGGGAGAUGAAGGAAGAACUUUGUGCUGAUCUUGAACUGAACCAGGUGAUUGAUCGAAAUGUAGGAGAUUUAUCUGGUGGAGAACUGCAGAGGUUUGCAAUUGCCGUUGUUGCCAUACAGAAUGCAGAGAUAUACAUGUUUGAUGAACCUUCUAGUUAUCUUGACGUUAAACAGAGGCUUAAAGCUGCACAAGUUGUUCGAUCUUUGCUCAGACCUAAUAGCUAUGUAAUUGUUGUUGAGCAUGAUCUUAGUGUCCUGGAUUAUCUUUCGGACUUCAUUUGCUGUUUGUAUGGGAAACCUGGUGCAUAUGGAGUUGUAACCCUUCCCUUCUCUGUAAGAGAAGGAAUUAAUAUAUUCUUGGCUGGCUUUGUGCCAACGGAAAAUUUACGGUUUCGGGAUGAAUCUUUAACCUUCAAGGUUGCUGAGACCCCACAGGAAACUGCUGAAGAAAUUGAGACUUAUGCAAGAUAUAAAUAUCCAACCAUGACAAAAACCCAGGGCAAUUUUAAACUUAAAGUGAUUGAGGGUGAGUUUACUGAUUCUCAGAUAAUAGUAAUGCUGGGUGAGAAUGGAACGGGCAAGACAACAUUCAUUCGCAUGCUGGCUGGUCUGUUGAAACCCGAUACAGUAGAAGGUUCUGAUGUGGAGAUACCUGAAUUCAAUGUUUCCUACAAGCCGCAGAAGAUCAGUCCAAAAUUUCAAUCUACAGUUAGACAUUUGUUACACCAAAAAAUACGCGAUUCAUACAUAUACUUCUCCGUUCAAACCCAAAUAUAA